CGUCGUACCUUCAUUUCACUAGUUCUUUCUCCUUUCGAAUCUUUUCACCGCGUUUGUCCAACUUUGCAAGCUGAUCCAGGAUAAACUAACGCCGACCUCUACGGGCCCGUUCUUCUUCUACCGAGGCGCGUUACGAUGAAGCGAAGCUAAACACCAACGGAGUGCAUCAGCGCGGAGGGAUUCGCGUAUCCGUAAGUGCACUACAUGAAUGCGAACGAUGAGGCGCCGUCGAAUUUGGAACAGGCCAGCAUGGAAAAAGCGGAGAAGAACGAAACUGAGAUCAUCGAGAAUGAUACCGCCGAACCCGUAGCAAAUGCGACCAAUGAUACCAAUGAUACCGCAGACGCGAAAGCAGAAGAUCUGCCACCGACUCUCCACGAACGUUUCAUGCGCAUCAAGGAAAUGGUGAAGGAUGCUAUCGCCAUGCACCACACGUUCAUGAUCUAUGGCAGGGCACGGGUGGUUCGGGAAUGCAUGCUGAAGAGAGGCUGGUGUGAGAAAUUUUUCCGGAAGAAUUCCACUGCCGAACAUUACACUGUGAAUUCGAGUCCCGUUGCGCUGCUGGCCGGUAUCGGCGACUUGAAGGAUCAGCAAAGCGAACGGCAACUGAUCUCCAGGAUGCUCAGCAAUCAUACCGUCGAUUUCCUCUGGAACACAGGAUCGGAUUGGCCCGGUUGGCCGUCCCAGGACAACAAAGCUACUAUCUUCAACAGAUACUGCCGAGCGGGAUUUACGUCGAAGGUGGGCCUGUGUUCGAACGUCAGGCAAAUGCAUUGGUAUUACGAAGCUGGCGUUGCGAACACCCUCUUCCCACGAUGCUACAAUCUUUGCCAGGGCGAUCAGAUGCACGCUUUCAUAGAGGACUUCCGGUUCACUGCCUGUCUGAGCCUCUUGAAGUGGCUCGUGGACAAGAUCAACGAGGAAGGCGAAAAUGCAGUCCGAUCGGCGACAGGCACGGUACCACUGAAGGCCUUGGAGUUCGCGAUCAAACGGUGCAGCGAUCACAUCAGCGCCCAGUCCCACGAGGACAUCGAUCAGGAGACGGAAAGGGUAUGGGGUCAUCAGUGGGACCAGUUUAUCAGCUGGUAUUAUCAGAUCGUUCACGGUCAAUCGCUCUUCGUAAGAAACAGUGUGCCUUUUCAAAAGUUCUUUCUGGCGGCGAAGCACAUAUUAAAAAAGAUGAGAAAGUACUGUCCCCAAAUGGACAUGGACGGCGUGAUGAACGUGUGGAUCAUGAAACCCGGGAACAAGAGCCGCGGACGGGGGAUCGUGCUGCUGAACAAACUGGAGGACGUCAUGGCGAAGAUGAAUCCCACGAAUAAAACGGACACUCGUUACGUCGUGCAGAAAUACAUUGAACGGCCGCUGUUGAUUCACAGCACGAAGUUCGAUAUCAGACAGUGGUUCAUCGUCACCUGCGCCCAGCCGUUGACACUCUGGAUAUAUAAGGAGAGCUAUCUGCGGUUCUGCUCCCAGAAAUUCUGUCUGACGAACUUCCACGAAUCGAUCCACCUGUGCAAUCACGCGAUCCAGUGCAAGUACACGAAUUGCGGCGACAGGGAUCCUGCGUUGCCCUCGGACAACAUGUGGGACGCGACAACCUUCAAGGAGUUCCUCAAGUCGCAGGGGCACGAUAAAGCGUGGGACGAAAUGAUCUACCCAGGAAUGAAGCAAGGUUUGGUCGGCUCUCUGCUGGCCAGCCAGGAAGCCAUGGACCGUCGGAAGAAUAGUUUCGAGCUUUACGGCGCGGACUUUAUGGUUAUGGAGGACUUCUCCGUCUGGUUGAUCGAGAUCAAUAGCCAUCCGGACAUGAGUUACUCGAGCAAAGUUACGACCCGCCUAUGCCGACAGGUCUUGGAAGACACCGUAAAAGUGGUGAUCGAUUUCCGCGAGGAUAAAAAUGCGGAUACGGGACAAUUCGAGCUGGCGUACAGGCAGAGGAUGCCCAGUUGUCAACCGUAUCUGGGCGCUGCCUUGUCUCUUCAGGGGACACGGAUCACGACGUUCGAGAAGAAGUCUAAUUGUUUCAGUCAGGAUUCGAAAGUUAGCCUUGCAUCGAAGACACCGAUGACGUGCCUGACUAAGAAGAAAUCGACGAUGCAUACCCAGAUCGGUCCAGUGAUCGUCGAUCUGAUCGAGGAACUGGAGAUCCAGCUCGAUCAAGAGUUCUACGCUUAUUAUAAGGUGGAAUCGCCGAAGUUCAGACAAGCACUGCCAGCGACCGCGCCGCCGAAACCCCUGAAGACAGCCAUACUGGUCGAUAAACAGGAAUCGACUGUGAAAAGCGCUCCCACGGGAGGCAGUAAUAACGUGAAAUCGAAGCCGAAUGGUGUGGUCCAGAAUAAUCGGAUAAACGAGAAGAUCGGGAAUAACCAGAAAGCUGCGACACGGACGCCAAGGAAAUCCAGGACGUUCACUGGAUCGACGAAUAACAAUAGGAUGGACUCGUCUCCUGUGAGACAGACGUUGAUCUCGAAGAUCAUGUCCUUCCAGAAGCAAUCGACGAAACUCACUACGAAGUCCGAUAAGUCUGGCAAAGCGAAUCAAGAUAAGAUGAUCAAGACAGCUGUACGAGACGCGAUUAAAAAGUACAAAAGGAGCGCCACUCUAACUCCCAAUACGUCGGACGUGCCAGCACUGCCCGCUCUGUUAACGGUGAACAGAGGGAACGAAGUUACCACAGGGAAGAACAAGAAUCGCGCCGCUGUUCCGAAGAAGAACACCCACCAGAAGAAAAGCAAGGUUCUAACCGAUAUUACAGACAUGUACGCCGUCGGCUUGAGUGGUUUAGAAGCAAUCGAGAAAUUACUACGUUGCCCCGCGGAUUUAAUUUGGUACACGAACAAAAGAGUAUCAGUGAAGACAGACGAGAAGGUCUUAGUGAACAAAUUCUCUGGAUGCUAUUUUACAUCAAAGGCUGCGCAGGUCGAGGAGUUCGUGCAGGACUUUCAAAUCACAGCUUGCAUGGGAAUCCUCAAAUGGUUUUUAUUUCUAGCCAGCGUGGCUGGACCAAACGCUACUUGGUCGCCGAACGGUACCGUGCCGAUGUCCGCCAUUUUGUUCGCUCUCGAACGUUGCAGAGAAUACAUAAGCGCGAGCGCGCACGAAGACAUCGACAAACACAGCAACGUGGAAGUAUUGCCGACGGCAUGGAGCGAAUUCUUGAAUUGGUACGAAAGAUUUUUGCACAAACGUGAAAUCUUGGGGAAAAGCGAUGGAAUAGACAUCGAGGAACUCGUGCCGUACACGGCGAACACUCUCAAAGACAUGAUACAAUGCCGGCCUCAGAGUCGCAUCGACGGAAUGCGGAAUGUCUGGAUCUUAAAACCGGGCGAUAAAAGUUUAGGGAGAGGUAUAGUACUGAAGAAUUCGUUGAGCGAUAUCUUGAAUAAGGUGAACCACGCCGCGCGAGAGUGCAUGCAGUACGUCGUGCAGAAAUACAUAGAACGACCUCUGUUAGUUCGUAAAACGAAAGUCGACGUCAGACAAUGGUUUCUGAUCACGAGCACGCAACCCCUGGUCGUCUGGAUGUACAAAGAUAUCUUGCUGCGGUUCGCGUCGAAGGAUUUCACGCUCGAGAGUUUUCACGAAUCGAUUCAUUUGUGCAACACAACGGUGCAGCUGAAAUAUAGGAAAACGGUGAGGCCGAACGCGCAAAUACCCGGGGAGCUCCACUGGAAUCUUCAGAAAUUUAAGGAAUACUUGAAAGCCACAGAUCGCGAGUUUGCAUGGGAGAAGCAGAUCAAGCCGGGCAUAAAGCAAAAUUUAAUAGGGGCGCUCUUGGCUUCUCAAGAAAACAUGGUUAAUCGGAGGAACAGCUUCCAAUUAUACGGCGCCGAUUUCUUGAUAAUGGACGACCUGUCGGUCUGGUUAAUCGAGAUCAAUACGAAUCCGAGGCUUCAUCCGCCGAGCAGUUCCGUCACGGGGAAACUUUAUCCGGAAGUCAUCGAGGACACGAUGAAAGUGGUUAUAGACGGGCGUAAGAACAAGAAGACUUCUCAUGGGAAAUUCGAAUGCAUUUUCAAGCAGCGCAAUCCAUUUCACGGUAAUGUUUUCGGCCAGGCGAUCGGCUUGGGAAUUCGCGGCAAAGCUUUAUUGCCCGCGCAGAAUCCACCGCGGAGAUCAUGA